UGAAAAGUGUACAUUCACGAUCACACUAGCAGCGACGCACGUAAACUUCGUUUCUGCUCAUUCCAGGCGACCUAGAGAGCACUAGCGGGCACCAUGGCUUCCAGAGACACUUCCACACUGUGUCUAUUCGACGUAGACGGCACCCUGACGGCAGCUAGACAGAGAAUCACGGAUUCUAUGGAGGGUUUUCUGAUGCAGCUGAAGGAAAAGGUGGUGGUGGGUCUGGUGGGGGGAUCCGACUUCGUCAAAAUCGCAGAACAGAUGAAAGGAGAGGACGUUGUGAAAAAGUUUGACUACGUGUUUGCUGAGAAUGGGCUGGUGGCCUACAAAGACGGGAAACUUCUGGCAAAGAUGAACAUCCAGGAGCACAUGGGAGAAGAGAAGCUACAGACUUUUAUCAACUUCUGUCUGCAGUAUAUGUCCAAACUGACACUGCCAGUUAAGAGAGGGACGUUUAUUGAGUUCCGCAGUGGCCUCAUCAAUGUUUGUCCGGUCGGACGGAGCUGCUCACAAGAGGAGAGGAUACAGUUUAACCAGUAUGACCAGGAACACAAGAUCAGGGAGACGUUUGUAGCCGACCUGCGGAAACAGUUUCCUGAUGCAGGACUGGUCUUCUCCAUAGGUGGACAGAUCAGUAUCGAUGCCUUCCCAAAAGGCUGGGACAAAACCUACUGUCUGAACCAUGUGGAGAAGGAUGGGUUCAAAACCAUCCACUUCUUUGGGGACAAGACAAUGGCUGGUGGAAAUGACCACGAGAUUUUUGCUGACCCUCGGACGGUCGGCCACACGGUGACCAGUCCAGACGACACGCGGGCGCAGCUGGAGAAACUCUUCUUCAGUAACUAGAACUCCGGGACAGUCCUGGUCAACAAUCAACCACUGGUUCAAUUAUAAUUAUGGAAGAACAAGCACGUCAGCAGAACAUACUGCACUUUUAGGUGGAAUUUAUUAUCUUUAUUGCAUAACUCCAAAUGUACAUCAGCAGGGGGGGCACAAAUGCUUCCCCUGAAUUGGGUACAAUUUGUCACAUCAAAACACUCAUAAGAAACAAUACAUGAACAUCCAAAAAAGUAUAUACAAAGACACAUACAAAAUUAUUGAAAUAUACACAAUGUUGCCUCAGGUCAUGUUAUACAAGUUACAGUCAUUCAAGACCGGGAAGGUAUUGCUGCAGUGACUUACGCGAAAUCGUACUGUAUUGUGCUUAGCACGUUGGCAGAACAUCUCAUAUAAGGUCGUAUUCGUGUAUAUAAGGUUAACAUCCCGUCUAUAGUUUCCAAAUGUUGUGUUGAAACAGAUGUCAACUGCAACAGGCAAAUGCGAUGUUGACCAAACAUCCGACAAUAACGUGAAAAAUCAGGGUUUCAUGCAGGCACAGUACGUUCUGCUGACAUGCUUUAAUCAUUGGUCUCUCAACCAAAGAUACAAUAAUGGAUCAUUGUGGCUUUUAUGUGUAGCAGGUACAUGUAAAUGUGCUAAAAAGCAGGAAUCAAUGUUGUAAGCAUUCAACCAAUGCCUCAAUGUGCCAGGUUUAUACGGAUGAUAGUCUUAAUUCUUGGGUCUCAAAU